AUGACAGAAGAAAAGAGUCACAAGCUCGAAGAAGAGAAGACCACCAGAAACUAUUUUGAACCAAAGUAUAGAUUUGAGAGAUGCGAAAAAGUGAGAGGAAUAUGUAAAACGUUUUGUGAUGAUGUUGAAUAUGAUUAUGGAUACUGCAUUAAAUGGAGAAGUCAGUGCUGCGUAUAAACUCGGAAAAGAAGUACUAUUGAGGAUCAAGUCUGGAACAGAGAUGCAUGUUUUUCACUCAAGAGUAGGUAAAAAAAAAAAUGUUUGCAACAUUUAAUGAAA